UAUGGUGUUGAUGAUACUGAUCAAGUAAUGUCAGAAUUUUGUGAAAAUUUCUCUAAACUAAAUUGUUCGGACUUUUCUAAAAGUAAUCUAAAAUCAAUAGUAAAAUCAAUUCAAAAGUGCUUGCAGAAUGGUAAUAUCAGCUUUAACUUUGGGUCUACUGAGGAAUACCACACUGAAAUAUACCAGGAAGUGUCAACCCGGCUAAGAAAUUUUAAAAACUUUGAAACAUUCGGGGAGCUUUGUAAUGACAUAAAUCGUAAAAGGUUACCGGGAACAAUUGAAAACAAUUGUAAAAAUCUUUUGUCUAUUAUUAUGAACGAGAUAGAAACUCCAUGUAGACAACAACAUGUAUUACCAAAAAUUAGGGUAUGGAAUACACUUAUCAAAAUCCAAAGUAACCAGAAAGCCUGCGCUGCUGCUGUCUAUCAGCGUUAUGAUGAACAGGUAGAGAAAGGUUAUACAAAACUUCUCAGGCAGAAACAAAGAACAAAACAAAAACAACAUAACUUAAUGCGCAAUUGUGAAACUUCGUUCGUUAGAGUUUCUCAAAAACCUGAUCAUGCACAACAUCCGGAUGACAUGCACAUAAUAAAAAGUUUAAUGAGUUUAACGGGGUAUUCUCUAAAGAAAGUUGUGAUAACAAGUAUGCCCGUACAAAACAAUAUAUCAUUAGACAACCCAUCAAGUCGUCUACUAACAUUUUCAGAUUGGCCAAUUAGAACACACGUUUGGCCUCAACAGCUUUCAAAUGCUGGAUUUUAUUAUACAAGGGAAGGAACUACAGUCAGAUGCGCAACCUGUGGUGUAAAUACAGUUGUGGACAACUGGAAGAGAUUCGAAAAACCUGAGGUCGUUCAUUUUAAACUUAACAGUAACUGUGAAUUUGUAAAAGGCAAUUUCUCUUACUUACAGAGUGAUCAACUAUUAAAAGACGUUCCAAAAUCCCCACAUAGUUCAUUAAAAGGGGGUGAUGCUUUAGAAGAACAUGGGGCAAUUUUAUCCCCGUAUCAUGAAACAAAUGAAAGGAAAGAAAAUAUUUCUAAACCAGAGAGACGUUGUAAUAACGUAGCCUCUUCUUCAGCAGGUAAUUCCAAUUUUUGUGCAAGUAACACAACUGUUAAAGGGUUGAAAGUAAACGAUAGUUUGAUAGGCGACAAAAACUCCUCCGAAUGUAAUCAUCUGAAUGAAAAUUCGCAAUUAAUGAACAAUGGUACCACACAUACUGAUAUUUGUUCUAGUUCAUUGGCCAGCAACCAUAUAAGCAAUACUUCGCUGAACAAUGGUGCAUCUGGUUUAAGUACCACAAAUGUAGACACAAAAACAGGCUCUAAUACAUCUAUGAUUAUGCUGAACAAAGAUCAGUUAUAUGUGUCGGGAAGUUCACAGGAUAACUAUACACAGAACUUGCAAAAUAACACAGGUUUAGUAUCUAACAGCAUGUCAAUGAUGGAGGCUGCCACAUCCAAUCCACAGACGAUAUGGAACACACCAUUUGAGUCGACCGUAAGACGAAACAUCAAUAGCCAAUCAAUAAAUAUAAACUCUCCUGCGUCCACUAAUCAGCUGGAACGACUGACCCCUAAUGGACAAGCAAUUUUAAGUCCGGUGAAUGGCACCGAAGCACCAUUUAAUCAUGUCGCCAAUCGACCGACUUCAUUAAAUUCAAAGUUGCAAUUACAAUUUAAAAGAAGUGCUUAUAAUAAUUCAAUAGACAUAGAUGUUACCGUUUCCGCAAAUCAAUCGGAACGCGAACAAACUAUAUAUGAACCAGAAUUCGCGCAUCCAAACUUCAGACGUUUUCAAGACAGAAUGGAAUCGUACUAUGAGUGGCCGAUUACGGCAAAACAGCCACCCAAGGUAUUGGCAGAAAGUGGCUGUUUCUACACAGGUAAAACUGACAUAGUGCGAUGCUUUAGUUGUAAUCUUGGAUUAGCCGAGUGGGCUGAAACAGACGACCCUUGGAUAGAACAUGCACGGCACAACCCAAAAUGCUGGUUCCUCAGGCGUGAAAAGGGGCAGCCAUUCAUUGAUAAGAUCCAAGGAGAAUGGCAAAAGCGGUACAAACCAAAGAAUCCAGCUUUUGAUGACGUGCUAUCACGGUUAGCGACCUUUGAUGGAUGGCGAGAUGACAUAGAACAGACACCUGAAGAUCUAGCAGAUGCUGGUUUCUUCUCCACAGGGGAAGAUGAUAUAGUUCGUUGCCACUACUGCGAUGGAGGACUACGAAACUGGGAAUCAGGAGAUGUUCCUUGGGAAGAACAUGCCCGGUGGUUUCCACACUGUAAAUAUCUUAUCAAAAUGAAAGGAAUGCAGUACAUUGAAAGUAUAAAAGAAAAAUAUCAGCGUCAUGAGGCUUCUGUCAAUACCACAAACACAACAGAAGAGCAAGAAGAUAACAACCAACUGUUAGCUACUGAAAAUGCGAGAACAGUACUGCGAAUGGGAUUUACCGUUAACACUGUCAAGUCUGCUAUUAACAGUUUAAUCAGAACUCGAGGGCAUAGUAAUUUCAGUACUGAAGAUUUAUUAGAGUUUAUAUUAAACCCAGUAGAAUCUUCCCAAACAUCAAAGAGGACAUCAAAUGAAGCAUCUGGUCAAGCGACAAGACCAUUUCCAGGAGAGAGAGAUCCAGCGAAGCUGAAAGUUAUUAACACAGAACUAAAAAACAACCUGUUAUGCGUCAUUUGUAGAAAAAAUGAACGUUGCAUGCUAUUCGCAAAUUGUGGACAUAGAGUCACAUGUGAACAGUGCUGUAGAUCAAUAGACUUUUGUCCACAUUGUGACAAACGAAUCAAGAAAACUGUCAAAACGUAUAUGUCAUAAGUGUGGAAAUUGAUUUGUUCUGUGUUAUGUUGUAAUUUAUACAGGGGAAUUAAAAAUAUUAUAUU